AUGAGGUCAAUUUCUCUCUUCGCGAGCUGCAUAGCGGCUCUCUCGAGCUUCGCGUGCGCCGAGUUGAACCUCUCAGAGCCACUGCGGUCGAAGCAGGUGCUACCCAGUACCUUCACGCCUCCCCAGGUUUUCAAGAAUGCCAAUCUCGUCCGGACGACAAACUUGGACAAGGCGUACCCGAGGGAAACUAUCCAUGUCAUAAUUGAGAACAUCGACUCGAAACCGCAAUCUGAGUACUAUCUGCCAUUCGAGGCGAGCUUGAUAUCGAAGAUUGGAGGACUCGAAGUAAGAGACAAGAAGGCAGCUGAGCAAGGAACAUUCAAGGUCGAGGUUGUAGGCAUCGAUACUGACAGCUCCACGGAAUUCUACCUCAUCCAUCUCCCCCAGCCACUUGCGCCCAACGCGCAACAAACCCUUACCAUCUCCUACUCCGUCCUCUCCACCCUCAAGCCCGUCCCCGCGGAGCUCGCGCAGUCCGCCAAGCAGUACCUACAGUACACAUUCAGCGCAUACGCACCCUCUGCCUACGUCACAGAGAAGCAGAAGACCAAAGUGAAAUUCCCGAACAGCGACGUACCAGACUACACGACCCUCCCCGCCGAUCUCAACGCCGAGCAGAAGGUGGACCCGCAGAAGCAGGGCUCGACGUUUACAUAUGGUCUGUAUGACAAUGUGCCAGCAGGCGCACAGCAGUCCGUAAGCGUGCGUUAUGAGUUCACCAAGCCCGUCACCCACGCGACACUUCUCGAGCGUGACCUCGAGGUCUCGCACUGGGGCGGCAACUUGGCGUCCGAGGAGCGCUAUUGGCUCGUCAACCAGGGCGCUGGGCUCAAGAACCACUUCUCCCGCGUUGAGUGGCAGAAGCAGUCAUACAUGAACCCACCUACGUUCGCUCUGAAGGGCCUGAACCUACCAUUGGCUCCUGGCGCUGUUGAUCCGUACUUCACAGACGACAUCGGCAAUGUCUCGACAUCCAAGUUCCGCCCUGGCAAGAAGGAAGCAUUGUUGGAGUUGAAGCCGAGAUAUCCUGUGUUUGGAACAUGGAAGUAUAGUUUCCGCGUGGGCUGGAAUGCCGACCUGUCGAGCUACCUGCGCAAACUCUCCACUGGCGAAACCUACGUUCUCAAAGUGCCUUUCCUCGAGGGUCCUCGUUCAUUCGAGGGCAUCUCUUACGCCCGUGUGAACCUACGCGUUAUCCUCCCCGAGGGUGCCAAGAACGUCAAGUUCUCUACCACCGUCCCGCUCGUGGACAACUCAACUAGUCUUCACAAGACGUUCAUGGAUACACUCGGCCGAACAACGCUAAGCUUGACUGCUAUCAACUUGGUCGAUGAGUUUAGAGAUAGGGAUUUGAUUGUGACGUAUGAUUACCCAUGGACUGCGGGAUACAGGAAGCCAAUCGUUAUCACGCUUGGCUUGUUUGCGUUGUUUGCAACUGCGUGGGUGUUGGGCAGCAUUGAUACGAGUAUUGGAAAGAAGAAGACGGCGUGA